CGUGAUCCUGCGCGAAACGCGGUGGCCGCCCCCGGGAGGCUGCGGGGAGGGAAGGCGCCUGCUCCUGAGUCAGCAGCGGGGAGGAGGCGGGCGGCACCUCGCCGCCCGGGCCGGCCCCGCCGAGCUCCACCGGCACCUCGCCGGCUUCCAGCCCCUCCCUGGCACCGAGCACCGGGGGAGGAAGCGGGCCGCGGCGCCCCGCCGGCUCCUGCCCUCCGCCAGUGCUUCAUGGCCGCAGCAGGGUACUAAACGAUAAUAGAGGAAACCGACAUUAAGACAUACGGCUUAAAUCCACACGGCUGGUUAGAAAAGCAGUUGUCACUGCCUUCCUGGUGCAGCAUGGCGUUUGGACUUGGUGUUCUCUGCCUGUUACUGUGGGCAAUAACAGGUUCCAGUUGUGAGCAGUGCAGAGAAGGAGCCACUUACUCAGGUGCAGUAAUAUCUCCCAACUUAGAAAACACAAAAAUUAUGCGAGUUCCUCGUGCUAUGUCAGUGUCCGACUGCAUCGCAGCAUGUUGUGACCUCUCUGGUUGUGACUUGUCCUGGAUGUUUGAACGACGCUGUUACAUCGUGAACUGCCAACACAAAGAGAAUUGUGAACCUAAAAAAAUUGAAACUGUGAAGUCCUAUCUUACUUUUGUGCUGAGGCCUUCUCAGAGGCAAGCCUCACUGCUAGGAUUUGGGCAAGCGAUCCCAGGCAUGGUCCACUCUGUGGGACUCCAGAAUGAGCUGUCUGAGGAAGUGAGUAGCCUGAAGGAGCUGUCUCUGCUUGGCAAAGAUCCCGGCCUUGAGGAGAUACCUGAAUACAUUGAUGAUUAUAAAGAGUUGGAACAGGACCCCUUUCAGGUGAGCAUCAAACAUGAGCAGAAGGAGAGCACGGAUUAUGCUGACUGGAGCCUCAUGGUGGCAGGUGAAAAUGGCUUCAACUCUUCCAUGGGUGGUGAUGGAGAUAAUCAGGAAGACUUUUCUGAAAACAAAGGGGAGACUGGGAAGGUGGAAAGCCUUCUGAAUAAAAACAGCUCUGAAUUGAACUCUGCCACUGAAUACUCCAUAGAGAGGUGGUCAUCUCUCCCAGAGAUUACACCGUUCCCCAGGAAGGCAUUUGAAGGUGAAGCAGCUGUUCAACUUCUUGCACAACCUGAUGAUGCUUUGCAAGAAGAGACUGCUACGCCUUCCCCUUCUUCAGACAAACCGGAUUUUCCCCCACAUGUGUCAGAGAAAACACAGACUCCCACAGCGGCCCCAGAGAAUGUCACUGAAGAUGGGAUCAUGCUGCUUCCCACUAAUACUGUGCCAUCUGAGCCCAUGCAGCAGUUCACACUGCCUGCUACUGCUGCUAAAGCAGAUACAAUAAAAGAACUUACUGUGUCUGCUGGAGAUAACAUACACGUGAUGCUACCCAAAAAUGAGGUUGAACUGAAUGCCUUUGUUGUACCGCCACCACCUACAGAAACAGCCUACACCUAUGAGUGGAGCUUAAUCAGUCACCCUGCUGACUAUGGUGGUGAAAUGGAGCGCAGGCACAGCCAGACCUUGAAGCUCUCUCAUUUAUCAGUGGGACUUUAUGCCUUCAAAGUGACAGUUGCUGGUGAAAAUGCCUUUGGUGAAGGUUUUGUAAACGUCACAGUCAAACCAGCAGUCAGAGUUAACCAGCCACCUGUUGCCGUUGCUUCACCCGAAGUACAAGAAGUUUCUUUGCCUACAACUUCUACCUUCAUUGAUGGCAGUCAAAGUAUAGAUGAUAUGAAGAUAGUGAGUUACCACUGGGAGGAAAUUAAAGGUCCUUUACGAGAGCAGAAGGCAUCUGCUGACACACCUGUCUUGCACUUGUCUAACCUUGUUCCUGGAAACUACACCUUCAGACUCACAGUGAUUGAUUCAGAUGGAGCAGCCAACUCCACCAUUGCAUCUCUGACUGUUAACAAACCGGUGGAUUACCCACCUAUUGCCAAUGCUGGACCUAAUCAGGCAGUCACCUUGCCCCAGAACUUCAUUACGCUGAAUGGAAACCAGAGCAGUGAUGACCAUGAAAUUGUCAGCUAUGAGUGGUCACUCAGUCCCAAAAGCAAAGGCAAGGUUGUAGCAAUGCAGGGAGUGCGGACACCGUACCUCCAAUUAUCUGCAAUGCAGGAAGGAGAUUAUACAUUUCAGCUGACUGUCACAGACUCUGCGAGGCAGCGGUCCACAGCUGAGGUCACACUGAUUGUACAGCCUGAAAAUAACAGUCCUCCAGUAGCAGUGGCUGGCCCUGACAAGGAAUUGAUCUUCCCAGUAGAAAGUGCUACACUGGAUGGAAGCAAAAGCCAAGAUGACCAAGGCAUCGUCUUCUAUCAUUGGGAAAAUGUCAGUGGACCAAGCUCUGUACAGAUGGAAAAUGGUGACAAAGCAAUAGCAACCGUGACUGGUCUUCAGGUUGGUACCUAUCGCUUCAGGUUGACCGUGAAAGACCAACAGGGCUUAAGCAGCGCAUCUGUGCUGUCUAUUACUGUGAAGGAAGAAAACAACAGUCCACCCCGGGCGCAUGCUGGUGGGAAGCAUGUUCUAGUGCUUCCAAAUAACUCUGUUACCUUGGAUGGCUCAAGGUCUGCUGAUGACCAGGGGAUUGUCUCGUAUUUGUGGAUUCGGGAUGGUCGAAGCCCAGCAGCUGGGGAUGUGAUCCACGGCUCAGACCACGAGGCAGUACUGCAGCUAACCAAUCUGGUGGAAGGAACCUAUACUUUCCACUUGAAAGUGACGGAUGCCAAAGGAGACUCAGAUGUUGAUUCAGCAACUGUUGAAGUGCGGCCUGAUCCCAAAAGGAGUGGUCUGGUGGAGCUGAUUCUGCAAGUUGGAGUGGGACAGCUGAGUGAGCAGCAGAAGGACACCCUGGUGAGACAGCUGGCUGUAUUGCUGAAUGUUUUGGAUUCAGAUAUCAAAGUUCAGAAGAUACAAGCCUACUCAGAUAUAAGCACCGCGGUUGUGUUCUACGUGCAGAACGGGCAUCCUUCCAAGGUGAUCGAGGCAUCGGAUGUCUCACGAACUCUGCACAUGCAGCUUUUGAAAGAAAAGGCUGACUUUCUGCUUUUUAAAGUCCUGAGGGUUGACACUGCUGCCUGUCUUUUAAAGUGCUCUGGGCACGGACACUGUGACCCCAUAACAAAGCGCUGCAUUUGCUACCAGCUAUGGAUGGAAAAUGUGAUCCAUCGUUACCUAAAUGAUGGAGAGAGUAAUUGUGAGUGGAGUAUACUCUAUGUGACUGUAUCUGUUUUCAUUUUGAUUGUGGUCAUGAUAGGGCUUGCCUGGUUCUGCAUCUGCUGCUGCAAAAGCAGGAAGAGGACUAAGAUAAGAAAGAAAACAAAAUACACCAUCCUAGAUAAUAUAGAUGAGCAGGAGAGAAUGGAGCUGCGACCCAAAUACGGUAUAAAACACAGAAGUACAGAGCACAACUCCAGUCUGAUGGUCUCUGAAUCAGAGUUUGACAGUGAUCAGGACACUAUCUUCAGCAGAGCAAAGAUUGAAAGAGAGAAUCCUAAAACUCUCAUGAAUGGAUCCAUCAGAAAUGGAGUUUCCUUCAACUACAGCUCCAAAGACAGAUAACUGAAUGAGGGUAAAAGCACAGAACACACUCGUCCAACACAUCUGAAACAUGUUGGCCCACCUCUGUUUUUCCAGAACCAAAAGCUUCCUAAAAUACCAACUAAUUGCAGAUGAAAGGGUAGAUUUCUAGCACAGUUAGGGGAAGGAAGAAGGAAAGAUUAGAUGGUCAGCUAACUCCUCUUAUCACUGUUAUAGGAACAAGGAAAAGCACAUCUUGUUUCUUGCAUGUUCCAUGCUGAGUGUUUGUCUGAACUUCAGAAGGCCUCUUUUCCUGUAUUGCUGCUACAAAACUAGCCAGGGCAGUUACACUACUAAGAGUAGUAACUAAGAUGCAUACAGAUUCGUGUCCUGUGCUCCUCCCUCUCUCUGUCAGAGAAGCAAUGUGAUUAUGAUGCUGGCCUAAAGCAGCAAAAGCCAAUAUAAGUAAAUUCCCCUACAACUAUGGAGAGCAAUAUGUGACCACAGGUUCCGUCUUCAUUUUCAGUUUAGGUUGGGAACACAGAGAGCACUUCUGUGCAUUGUAUUUAUCUCUGACUGUGCUUUGUGACCUCCUUUUCUAGGGUAGUGCUCAUCAGAUGGGAAUGUCUCUGUUUCAAAGAAAGUUUACAAUUAGCAGUUGCAUUUAAUCAUCUGUACUGUGAUACAUCUGUGUCCUGUAGGAUGCAGCGUUCCCUGUAUUUACGUAGAAAGGAUGGUGCUUGCAGGGAAGUCCAGCCUUAGGUUGCUUCUGUGAUGGUGAAGGUGUUUUGGUUCUCUGGAGUCUGCCACAUCCAGCCAGGAAAUGGCAGCAGAAAGGCAGGAAGGACUCAGUGAGAUGUGCCUCCAGAAGAAUUUUGAGCACCCUUCAAACAACCUUUUGCUGAGGGAGCACUUCUGAAGAGCUCUGGAACUUUUGAGACUGAACCCUCAGCUGAGAUGGGUUUUCAUUGUCAGCUUCACUGCUCAAUUACAGAAUGUGCCAGGUGUUUGUGUGGUGAACUGAUUGUGGCAAAAUAUGCUAUGUGGAGCCGGAGGUUCAACACCUACCUCCAUUGUCAUGAGAACUGGUGCUGAGGAAGGUUUUAGCUUGAACGUUAGAUUGUUUUACUCUUUCUUCUUGCUAUUCAGUGACUAGAGAGAUCCCUUGCAGUGUUCAGGAAGGGUAGAUGUGUUGGAGUUCUGAUGUUCUUGUUCGCAAUCUGGAUAAUUUCUUCACAGCAUGCUUGUUAGGCUUUAAAGCCAUGCCACCAAUACUUUUCUUGAAAUCCCAAACUGAAAUCCUGACUUUUAUAUGUAAAACUCAUUUGUGGGGGCAUCUGUGUCAGUAGUACUAUCUGGCCACGAUGUCGGUCUUUCCUGGGGUUGCUUUACUGACUUGCAGGAGUCGUGAACUGAGCUGGAGGAAUCGUGUGUUCUGAUGGAGAAAACAUGCCUCUGGACAGGUAGUUUUGUUGGGUUUAAAUAUAAACCUUUUUGGGUUUUAGAUCUGGUGGUGGAGAAUCCAUUAACAGAAGGGUGGAGCAGUAUAGAAAUCAGGGGGAGGAGAUGGGAAGGGUCAGUGAGGGGACUGACCUCCAUCGCAAGGAAUGAUUUGAUGGAGAAUUUGGGGGCUUUCUCUAUCCUUUCAUAGAAGUCUGACACAACAGAGUAGUUGGGUUGAACACUGGGCAAAAUUCAGAAUAACUGUCUGGGUUGGAAGGAAUUGGUAGUCAAAAGUUGCAGCAACAUGGCAUGCUCCUAACUGCUUUCAUACUUUUGGUUCUCAAAUGCAGCCAGCAACAGUCCCUGAGGCUGCACUGAGGAACACUUAUCCUGUGCCCAGCCCUGCAUUUCUCUGGAGAGCUGUGUGAGCUGUGUGGCCACAGGAGUCAUAGUGGUGGGAGAGGCUGUGAAGACCCAGAAAGGGCUAAUGCAAGUGUUUUCCACGUUUUCCCCAUGCCCACCAGCAAGAUGCAGUAUAAAUGGUAUGAUUUGUGUUCUUCAGAAGCCAAGUUUUAACUCAUUGUGUGUGGAGGUUGUAGACUAUUGAAACAAGUUACUUUAUCUCAUCCUCUCCUUUCUUGAGUGUGUGUAUAUAUUUAUUUUUAAAUAACUUGGUCAGUAAAAGUAAGGUCAGCUUGUAUCAAACGCCUUUCAAUUUCUGCUCCAGAUGCAUUAACAUCAUAACACAAUGUUCACUUUAAAACAUUCCUGAAGAAAGUUAAGGCCCACUCAAAAUACUAAUUUGUUUUUCCUUUUUAAAUUAAAUUGUUAGGCUUAAUCCAUUCUGCACAAAUACCAAAAAUGUUGUAGCAGGAAUUAUGCUUUAGGAAACAUGCAUUUUUAAGCAAACAAAGAACGUUGCAUUAGGAACCACAACUUUGUAUUGGCCACAGUGCCAUUAAUGCUUCUGCUAAAUACUGUAUCCAGUGUGCCUUCAUCUAUAAACUUAGCUUAAUUCAUACCUUUGUUGUUGUUGUUAAAAACAAACUUAAAGAAUGAUUCUCUUGUAAAACAACUACAGGAAUCAUAAACCUGCUUUCCUCAAAGCUGCAGAGUUCCCAGAGCUAUUCCCCCCUCCCACACAAACAUAUGCUGUGGGUUCAGAUCUUUGUUGGAUCAGUGGUAAGUUCGUGUGCCAUGAGAACAUAAGCAUGAUCUGGCUAAGUAUUUCUGACUUGAACAAAUAAGAAACAUUUGACCAAUUCUCAAUGUAUAAGUUCCUAGCGAGUGGAAGUUGCUUAUUAAAUUGUUCCCUAGAUGAUGGUUUGAUAUCUUUGUUGCUAAUGGUAUUUUAGGUAUGUUUUGAAAGUUGAAUAUAGUUUACAUUUGUGAUCUGCUUCUAAUUCUACUAGUUUGAUCCUUCCACCUCCUUGGAAGGAGAACUCAUUCCUCUUACAUAAAAUCAGGCUUGCUCUUAAUAUGAAACUUGCACAGAAGUUGAAACUAAUAGUUUCUGGCUCUGUGAAUUUGUGAUACUGUGUGUGUGUCACAUGACCAAGCAUUUUUAUCAGCACUUUAGGAGAUACUGUAGCAAGCCUUGUAUCUUGAUUCAGUAUAAUCUCUAGAACUGUUGCUUUCUUGCAGAAUGUCAGGUCAUACCUGGACUGAAAGGGUCAGAGGGCUAGCUGUUAAGGUGCAAACACAACGGUAGAUUCUGAUGCUAGCCUUCUGGUUUGGGUUAUGGUGCGAUUGAAGAAGGUUCUCAGUCCUCACAUGUACUUCCACAUGCCUUUUUCCUUCACAUACAGAAGGUGUGCUGGCAGCUUCUUUGUGAAAUAAGGAUGAGGAUAUUCCCAACAGUCUUGUCUGCACUGAAAAUCAGAGGAAACCAGAUAUAACUUGUCAUGUAUGGCUCAAAGUUCACUGAAAAUAAAGAAUAAAUUCAGUGUGGCACUGCUAAGAUACUGCCUCUCUUUGAAGGCAGACAGUGUGCUGAUAAGUAAGGAUUAUUUUGGAAAAAAAAUUCCUUAGCAUUACUUCCAGCAGUGUUAAACAGGUUCAGUACUUAACACAGUGGAUAUGGAGCAUGAAACUGCCAUGCUGCAAACAGGUUCUUGGCUUGUGUUUUUAAUUUUCUUAACCGAAAUGGUACUGCAGUAUGAAACAGAAUUUACCUUGGCAAAUCUGCUGAGAUGCACAUCCAGAUUCUCUGUCCUGUGGUUCAGCUUUUCAUAUUAACUGAGUAAAUUGCUGAGAAAUUAAAGCAAAAUGUGAACAGUCUAAUUGUAGAGGUUUGUUUAUUUGGGGAGGAGAAAAAAGGUUAUUCUUGUUUCAUGUGUAAGAGUACAUUUUCAACUGUGUCCUUUUAGGUAAACAGUCUUAGCAGUCUGUGAUGCAUCAGGUACAGGUACUGUUCAAGCAUCUGGUUUUGUGCUGUCGGGCUGUGUUUGCUUGUAUGAUGCUAAUUUUCCUUGCUUGGUCUCUAGUGGGCAAACAGAAGUGCGCACACAUGCCAAGGAGCUUGACAGAAAGAGAGUCAAUGCGUGCGUGCGUUCUCUAUGCUGAAUUUAAAUGUUCCUUAGACAGUUAUGAUGAUCUUGAAAUCAUCAAGUUCUUGGGCAAAUUUCCUAUUCCUGUUUUAAGCCUCAAGUGAAACUAGUUUCGCCCCUCAAUAUAAUGAUAAUGGGCAGUAGUCAGCUGGACCUUCGGGAUGGUGGUAAUAAGAUGACAGCUACCUUAGUCUUUGUGAGCCAUUUAUGUGAUGUUUGAGAGACUUUUAAACAUUCCUCUAGAAGAAGGGAAAUGCGAUAGAGGUGAAUUAGUUUCCUAAUACCAGCUAUUGCUUAUCAUUGAUCCCUAACUAGAAUACUAGUCCCAUACUUCUGCAGCCAAGGAGAACCUAUUUUACAUCCCUUUUGGUCCUGAACUCCCCAAGGCAAGGGAGGGAACCUUAAAGCUUAGAAAUAAAAUGUAAAAAAGGGGGGAGAAAAGGCAAAUCAUUUUCUCUUGCACAGGCUACAAAUCAGCUGCAGAUGAGCCACACAUCAGGCGCUUGUCUCUGUAUGGAAACGCUUCUCCCUGUGGGUGGAUGGGUGAGCAAUUACAGAAUUUAUAUUAGGAAUCUGUUUCUAGAAAAUGUUAUUUAUUGCAAAUGAUAAUGUAUUGUAACUGGAACCAUUUCUGAGCCAAAAUUACUACAUUUAUGUAACUACUAAUAAAGUUUUGUCUUUCCUUCUUGGAA